AUGGUGCACAUGCUCCUGGCUGUGCUGCUGACUGCAUGCGUGGCUCAUUCUGCGUUGGCCCAGCUGCCAGGGAUGCCCAUGCCGGCGAUGUGCAACGGCGCCGCGCAAGCACCUAUCCCCCGCUCCGACCUCAACUGGCCGGCCAACCAGACCAGGCUCGCCAAUGAGCUGCAUGACAUGGACCAAGCCAGGGGGGCCGAGCUAAUAUUUUAUGGGGACUCCAUCACAUGGUGCUUCACUGGGCAGAACCCCUCUGGCGUGGUGACUGCCCAGGACAGGGAGCGCUCUGCUGUAUUUCAGCGCCACUUCGGCCGCUUCCGGUCAAAGAUCAUGGCCAUCCCAGGUGACCAGUCGGCCAAUCUGAUGUGGCGCAUCAUGACUGGAGGGGAGUUCCCCACCAUCCACAUGCCCAAGACGGUAGUCAUAUUGAUCGGCACAAAUGACCUCACUUACUCGGACUGCCAUGAGGACCAGCAAGAGAUCCUCAAUGCUGCCCCUGGCAUCAUUGACAGGGUGUCGCAGAUCACACGGUACAUCCGCACCAACUCUCCCAACACAAGGAUUGUGCUGCUGGGGCUGCUGCCGAGGGGUGCCCAGUACUGGGACCCGGAGCAGGCCUACAUCUGGCCCAACAGAUACCAGGCAGCCAUUGCAGCCGUCAACGAGGGAUACUACAAAUUGGCAGAGUCGGACUCGAAGAUUGAGUACCUUUACUGCGGGCAGCCGUACGCAUUUGGUUAUGGCAUAAAUUCGGCGCUGCUGUACGAUGGAAUCCACCCCAACGCGCAGGGGUUGGAUCUGCUGGCCGCAUGCAUACAGCGCGAUGUGGACCAGAACAUGAGAUAUGAUGCAUCGUGA